AUGUCGAUUAACGAUCUACAAACGGGAGGUUUAUUUGCGACGCAAUGUUCAAAUCCCAGCCUGGGUACAUUGAAUGCUUUGGUGUCACUAUUGGUGGAGGGAAUUUUAUCAGCUCAGUGUGAGAUUUCCAAACGGGAUGACUGGCCAGAGGAUUAUGCGGAAGAGGCUUUAAGACGAGGCCUGGAGGAUUAUGAUUUUGUGGUGAUUGGUGCCGGUUCGGCUGGAUCUGUGGUGGCCAGUAGACUAAGUGAGAAUCCAGAGUUUAAAGUUUUGGUGUUGGAGGCUGGUGGGGAUCCGCCACCGGAAUCGGAGAUCCCCGCGAUGUUCUUCGGAGUGCAAUUUACCAAUUCCAGUUUUGCCUAUUUCCCCGAACCAAAUGGCCGUGCCUGCAAGGCCUUUAAAAAUGAACGCUGCCACUGGCCUAGGGGAAAAAUGCUGGGAGGCAGCGGAGCCAUUAAUGCCAUGCUGUAUGUCAGAGGUAAUCGAGCGGAAUAUGACAGAUGGUGUAAGGAUGGCAGUGAGGGUUGGUGUUAUGACGAGGUGUGGCCCUAUUUUCAAAAGUCCACCACUCUUCAGGGAAAUCCGAAUGACCCCAAAGGUUAU